AUGGCUUCUCUCGUGUUAACAUUUUCACUUCUCUUAGCAACUUUCUCUUCUCCUCUUGUAGAGGCUGCUUAUAGCAAUGGUUACACCCUCCCCACGGCAUCACUGAAUCCAAUAGAUUCUUGCAGGCGAAGAAACCCUAAUUGGGCGUCUAACCGUCAAGCCCUAGCCCAUUGCGCGGUAGGGUUUGGGAAAUCCACGAUAGGUGGCAAACAAGGGCGAAUCUACGUGGUUACAAGCCCAUCAGAUAGCCCUGGAAGCCCUAAACCUGGAACCCUAAGAUAUGGGGUGAUCCAACCUACACCGUUAUGGAUCACAUUCGCAAGUGACAUGGUCAUAGUGUUGCAAAGGGUGCUCAUGGUGAGCAGCUACAAGACCAUCGACGGGAGAGGAGCAAGAGUGGAAAUUAGGAACGGGCCGUGCAUAAUGAUCCAUCGUGCGAGCCAUGUUAUUAUACAUGGGAUAAGUAUCCAUGAUUGUAAAAAGGAGAAAGGAGGGGAUGGUGACGCAAUCACCGUGUUUCAGUCUUCACAUAUUUGGAUCGAUCAUUGUUAUUUAUCUCGAUGUCAGGAUGGUUUGAUCGAUGUGAUACAUUCUUCUACGGCGGUUACUAUUUCUAAUAAUUACUUCACACAGCACGACAAAGUGGUGUUGCUCGGACAUGAUGACAGUUAUGUGGACGAUAAGAAAAUGAGGGUUACAGUUGCAUUUAACUAUUUUGGACCUGGUCUCAUUGAGAGAAUGCCUAGGAUAAGGAGAGGGUAUGUGCAUGUAGCAAACAAUUGGUACGAGAAAUGGCAAAUGUAUGCGAUCGGAGGAAGUGCUGAUCCAAUUAUCUUUAGUGAAGGCAACUACUUCGUUGCUUCUAAAAAUCCUGCCACAAAACAGGUGACGAAGAGAAUGGGAGUUGGAUAUGAUUUUAAGAAAUGGAAAUGGAGUACGUCUAAAGACGUUUUCUUUAACGGAGCUUUCUUUAUUCCGUCCGGUGUAGCCGUCAGGCCUCCGUACAAAUUGGGAGAGUCGUUUCCGGUGUCCCACGGCUCUCUCGUCCCUUCUCUUGUUUACUCCGCCGGUCCUCUUCGUUGCGUCCCCGGCAAGAUUUGCUAA